AUGGGCAUGGCCGCAAAGUUGUCUUUUCUCUCCUUCAUGACCUUGAUUAAUGAAAUAUGGAAAUAUGUUGGAUUUUACAUAGUUAUUUUUGAACAAGAAAAUGCAAUUGCUGUGGCGCCUGCAUUAUGGGUAGAGGAGGUGAAUGGGGUUCUGAUUUGCUACUGGCCCCGUAGAAACGCUGCUGCCAUGGCAAAGGCCUCCCAAAGGCCAGAUAAGGAGCUCUGGAAGCGGCACAAAAUAAGAAUACUCUCCGAGACUGACAACUAUAAGACAGCCAGAGAACGAGCCAAAAAAGCUGUAGAAAGUUCAAACGUGGACACAGAAGAAGAGGUGCUAAAAGAGCGGAAAAAAAAAGUACCAUCAAAAUACUGGACCGAGAGUGAAGGAGAAUGUGAGAUUCCUACCAAAAAAAGGAGAAAAAUGUCAACAUCCUCUCAGAAGCCAUCAAGCCUCCCAAAGCCUCCAAGUUACAAACCACCUACUGACAUCACAGCUCACUCACCUGAGGAAGAUGAGCCAUCCCUUCCAAAUCUUUCAGCUAAUAAUACUUUUCAUGAUUUCCAGCAUCUCAUCGAACAAUCUGAGCAGCGGAUGCUCCUCGCAAUUGAGAGAAUGUCAACAGAUAUUUCCAAUUCUAUUGAGCGUCUGAUCCAGGCUAUUCAACAGAAUCGUCCUGGUCCGGCAACCAUCACAACACCACCACAGGAGACCAUUGAGAAGCCCUGCAAAACAUUGCAGGAGCUGCAAGCUUUCCUAUUAAAACUUGAGGGCCCAGAAGGGAAAAAAAGGAUGGUAUGUUGA